CGGGAAGUUAGCAAAAUCAACGAACUUGUUUUCAUGAGCGGUUUCCCAAGUCCCUGACUUUCGUCUCAAUCUCCGUCGUGGGAGGACCACGGUAUGUUCGAUCCAGUUAGACCAUCUCCCAAGUUGAUGUUCGCCAAGAGUUUUCGAGCAAGCGGAAGAAAGGGAUUUUGUUCUGGAUCAAUCUGAACUAGGGAUCUAAACCAUCAGGAAGCAAUGGAGGAAGGCAAUAAGAUUCCCAAAAGUGCUAGUUCUCGCCUUUGUUGUCGUUGCAAUGAAAGAAAGCCUGCUCUUAAAAGACCUAAAACACUAGAACAGAUAUGCAGGAAAUGUUUCUAUGAGGUGUUCGAGGAAGAAAUACACCAAGUAAUAGUGGGGAACCAAUUAUUUAAGGCUGGUGAGCGUGUUGCUAUCGGUGCUUCUGGUGGAAAAGACUCCACGGUGCUUGCCUACGUAAUGUCAGAACUAAAUCGCAGGCAUAACUAUGGACUGGAUUUGUUCCUCUUGUCAGUUGAUGAAGGCAUCACAGGAUAUAGGGACGAUUCUCUUGAGACUGUCAAAAGAAAUGAAGUCCAGUAUGGUCUGCCAUUAAAGAUAGUCUCAUACAAGGAGUUAUAUGGAUGGACAAUGGAUGAGAUUGUGAAGGUGAUUGGUUUGAAGAAUAACUGCACAUUUUGUGGUGUUUUCCGGCGUCAGGCACUUGAUCGAGGAGCUGCAUAUCUGAAAGUAGACAAGCUUGUUACCGGCCAUAAUGCAGAUGAUAUUGCUGAGACUGUGCUCCUAAACAUACUACGUGGUGAUGUUGCUAGAUUGAGUAGAUGCACUUCAAUCACUACAGGGGAAGAUGGACCUAUUCCAAGAUGCAAGCCAUUUAAGUACACUUAUGAGAAGGAGAUUGUCAUAUAUCCUUGCAGCUAAGAUGCUAUGUUAUGCAAAUAAAAUCUUGUUGCUUGCUUCUUGUUUUAUAGCAAUUUUGUCACUGAACUAGCUUAUGGGUAUUACAUUGGACACUGAGCUCGGUAUUGAGACAUAGAGCAUUCGCCUUAUUAAAUCAUUGUUAGUAAUUUUGUUUCCUCCGUCAGCUUUUGCUAUUGUGUUGCUUAUGUGGCAGCCCCUGUAUACCAAUAUAAAGGUUCAGUAACAGAAUCCAAUAAAGCUGAUGGAAAUAGGGCAGGGUGAACGGAAAUGCUAAUGCCAACUUAUUAGGGCAAAUUUGAUGUUUGGGUUACUGCCCAAUAUUAUAGGCAGAACCACACGUAUGCUUAUUUCAAGAAGCUGGACUACUUCUCUACCGAAUGCAUUUACUCUCCCAAUGCUUAUCGUGGUUUUGCUCGUGAGUUCAUCAAGGACUUGGAAAGAAUCAGACCUAGGGCCAUAGUGGAUAUCAUCAAAUCUGGAGAGAACUUCAGAAUUUCAACUUCCACAAAGAUGCCUGAGCAGGGGACUUGUGAAAGAUGUGGUUAUAUAUCAAGCCAGAAGUGGUGCAAAGCAUGUGUUCUACUCGAAGGGCUGAACCGUGGUCUACCAAAGUUGGGAAUUGGCCGAAGUCGAGGCCUGGAGAAUGGUAAUGGCAACAGGAAGGACAUGGAGCAAAAUGGUGAUGUAAGAAGUAUUGAGAGCAAGCAAUGUGGCAGCUUGGACUUUUGAUCCGGCAGUCAAGCUGAGCUACCGAUUUCUAGUAACGUCAAGUUAGCACAUGACAUGUAUCUGUGUCUCCAACCUAUGAUGCAUUCGGCAACUUGACGAUAGAUGAUGUGAAGACUCUGGGCGGGUCCUUGCUUCGUGAUUGUCUUCAGUUGUUGUGUUCCUGUUCUUCUUGUAUUCACAUUAGUUCGGUUUCGAGGACUGUCAACUGGGCUGCCCAUAGAGUGGCAAGACAAGCCCUGCUGUUGUCCCUGUAGAGAUAGCUUCCUUCGAUUUUGUAGGGUUGCUUCACUAAUUGUCGAUUUGGGGUCUUGAGUAGAGGAUAUAACUAUUGUACUUUGAUAUUACAUGAAAAAAAACCCCUAUGUUUUUAGUCACAUUGCUAGUGUUUAUAGAAAUUCUUAUGUUAAUCUAUGUGUCAUUGUCGAAGGGCAAUAACAAGUUAAUUAGUCACUCCAUUGU